AUGACUUGUAAGAGAAGAAACAAUGGUCGUAACAAGCACGGUCGUGGCCACAACAAGGUCGUCCGUUGCAUCAACUGUUUCCGUUGUGUCCCCAAGGAUAAGGCUAUCAAGAGAUUCACCAUCCGUAACAUGGUUGAAGCUGCUGCCGUCCGUGAUCUCCAAGAGGCUUCCAUCUACGAGGAAUAUGCCAUCCCCAAGUUGUACGUCAAGCUCCACUACUGUAUCUCUUGUGCUAUUCACGCUCGUGUUGUUCGUGUCCGUUCUGCUGUUGACCGUAAGAACCGUCUUCCUCCUCCCAGAUUCAGAUUCCAAAAGGUAAAUUUUAAGUGUAUAUAUAUCAAGCAUUUAGAGUGACAUGUAUAUUAAUGUUUAUUGUAUCUUGUGUAGAAGGCUUAAAUCAUUACGGUUUAAAAUGACUUUUUUUUCUCUCCCACAACUUUUUUAAUAAACCAUUAAAAUUGACACACUUAAAAAAAAAAAAAAC